GUCACAUUGAGAGAGUGUAGCAGUAGUGGGAAGAGUGGUGAAGGACAUACUGUAUCCCUCAGUGUUUCAUGGAGUGGUGGAUACUUCCAAGUAUACUCGCAAGUGUGAGAGAGGACAAGCUUUAGGAGGACCUGGUGCAGUGAGUGCUAGCUGACCCCUGAGCAGUGUGACAGAUAGCGAUGAUCUUAGUCACUGCAAUAUUUUUUUGAAGGACAAGGUUCAGACUGUGGUCUCUACAUGAUGCAGUAAUUCGCAUCAGAAUGUCAGAAUGCUGUCUCAAAUCAGGGAAGUUCUAUGGCAGAGACUGGAGUUUUGUGACUAAAUUUCCAUAUUGGCCAUCUUCAGAAGUUUUUUUUGACCUCCAGGAACUGGAGAGUUGUGUUGAAGAUCUGUGAACAGAAACAUUCAAGCAAGGAACACAGUCGCUCCAGUUAAUAAAAAAGCUUUCAACACAGUAUCCUAUUACUCUGCGUUGAGCCAACUGAUAGUACUACUGCUUGUUAAAUCAAGGCUGAAUAUAUAGUUCUUCAGGCACUCUCCUGCCCUGCUGCUGCGCUGUCUAUGCAAGCAGCAAGAUGUCCCACCGAUGAACUGUCAUUAACCAACUGUGCUGUGGUGAAUGAGAAGGACUUCCAAUCUGGGCAACAUGUUGUUGUGAAGACCUCUCCCAACCACAAAUACAUUUUCACGCUGAGAACGCAUUCCUCAGUUGUUCCUGGCAGCAUCGCGUUCAGCUUGCCCCAGAGAAAAUGGGCUGGCCUUUCCAUUGGUCAAGAGAUAGAUGUUUCCUUAUACACUUUUGACAAGGCUAAGCAGUGUAUUGGCACAAUGACAAUUGAGAUAGAUUUUCUGCAGAAGAAGAACAUUGACUCCAACCCCUACGACACAGACAAGAUGGCUGCUGAAUUCAUCCAGCAGUUCAACAGCCAAGCCUUCUCAGUAGGCCAGCAGCUUGUGUUCAGCUUUAAUGACAAACUUUUUGGCCUGUUGGUAAAGGACAUGGAAGCUAUGGACCCCAGCAUUCUCAAAGGAGAGUCUGGAGCAAGCAAAAAGCAGAAGAUUGAGGUUGGUUUAAUUCUUGGAAACAGUCAAGUUGCCUUUGAAAAAGCUGAGAAUUCCUCUCUCAAUCUGAUCGGUAAAUCAAAGACCAAGGAGAACCGCCAGUCAAUCAUCAACCCAGACUGGAAUUUUGAGAAAAUGGGCAUUGGGGGCCUUGACAAAGAAUUCUCAGAUAUUUUCCGGCGAGCUUUUGCUUCUCGAGUUUUUCCACCUGAAAUUGUGGAGCAAAUGGGCUGCAAGCAUGUGAAAGGCAUUCUCUUGUAUGGACCUCCAGGCUGUGGUAAAACACUUAUGGCGAGACAGAUUGGCAAGAUGCUGAAUGCCAGAGAACCAAAGGUGGUCAAUGGUCCAGAAAUCCUCAAUAAAUAUGUGGGCGAAUCUGAGGCCAACAUCCGCAAGCUGUUUGCUGAUGCAGAAGAAGAACAAAGAAGGCUUGGAGCAAACAGUGGUGUGCAUAUCAUCAUUUUUGAUGAGAUUGAUGCAAUCUGCAAGCAGAGAGGAAGCAUGGCGGGUAGCACCGGAGUCCAUGAUACUGUUGUAAACCAGUUGCUGUCCAAAAUUGAUGGAGUAGAGCAGCUCAAUAAUAUCCUAGUGAUUGGAAUGACCAACAGACCUGACCUGAUUGAUGAGGCUCUGCUGAGACCAGGGAGACUGGAGGUGAAAAUGGAGAUUGGCUUGCCGGACGAGAAAGGUCGAUUUCAGAUUCUUCAUAUCCACACAGUACGGAUGCGGGAACACCAGCUGCUGGCUGAAGAUGUGGACAUUGCAGAACUGGCAGUUGAGACUAAAAACUUCAGUGGUGCUGAAUUAGAAGGUUUAGUUCGAGCUGCUCAGUCUACUGCUAUGAACAGGCACAUUAAGGCCAGCAACAAAGUGGAAGUGGAUAUGGAGAAGGCAGAGAGCUUGCGUGUGACAAGAGGAGACUUCUUUGCAUCAUUGGAGAAUGAUAUCAAACCAGCGUUUGGAACCAACCAGGAAGACUAUGCAAGCUACAUCAUGAAUGGUAUUAUUAAGUGGGGUGAUCCAGUAACAAGGGUAUUGGAUGAUGGGGAGCUGCUUGUUCAACAAACUAAGAACAGCGACCGCACUCCCUUGGUUAGCGUUCUUCUAGAAGGUCCCCCCCACAGUGGGAAGACUGCUUUAGCAGCAAAAAUAGCAGAAGAAUCCAACUUUCCCUUUAUCAAGAUCUGUUCUCCUGAUAAGAUGAUCGGAUUUUCUGAAACGGCCAAGUGCCAAGCUAUGAAGAAGAUCUUUGAUGAUGCAUACAAGUCCCAACUCAGCUGUGUUGUCGUGGACGACAUUGAGAGACUUCUAGAUUAUGUCCCAAUCGGACCACGGUUCUCUAAUCUGGUCUUGCAAGCCCUUCUUGUACUGCUAAAGAAGGCCCCCCCUCAGGGUCGCAAGCUUCUAAUCAUUGGAACCACCAGUCGCAAAGAUGUCCUGCAGGAAAUGGAAAUGCUGAACGCUUUCAGCACUACGAUUCAUGUGCCCAACAUUGCAACAGGGGAGCAGCUGAUGGAGGCUUUGGAGCUCCUGGGUAACUUCAAAGACAAGGAACGCAGCACUAUUGCACAGAAUGUCAAAGGGAAGUCUGUCUGGAUUGGUAUCAAGAAGCUGCUGAUGCUGAUAGAAAUGUCAUUACAAAUGGAUCCUGAGUAUCGGGUGAAAAAAUUCUUGGCUCUUCUGAGAGAAGAAGGAACAGUUCCCUCCCUAGACUGAAGGUGGACCAAGUGCAAGAUCAACAGCUGGAAAAGUGACCAACCUGGAGAAUAUACACUGGGAUCUUUACUCUUCUAUGUUCAACACACUGGACAAAGUGAAAUGCUUCCCUGUUUCCAAGAACCCAAUGUGGAAUCUGCAUGUUUAGUGCAAUACAGUAUCUUUAUUCUUUGUCUUUAAUAUACUGAUGUCGUGUGGAAGUGUCUUCUAGAACACUGUGCUUCUGUCUCUGUGCAGGCAAGGCUGCGUUCUCAUUUGAUUUUAGCAUGGGGGAAAUGUCCUGUAAGUUUGAAGCUAACGCUCACUUGUGUCCAGCAUCCAGUUGCUAUGAUAGGAAAGAAAUCCUGACUUCUAAUAAAACCUGACAGUCUGUGGUGAAGGCAUAUUAAAGUACUACUCUGUCUUAUCCUGAUCUGAUGAACGGUUUCUUGUUAUGUCGUCCUAUGCUUCAUUGAACAUUGAGCCAGGCUGAUAACCUGAAGACAGUGCCCACAAUAAUUCAGCUCCAGAAUGCCUAGAUGCUAGUACCUGCUUUCUUUUAUAUCCAGGUAUUUUGUGGCUUGAUGAGAGAGACUGGCUAGUGGCAUUAAGGACUGGAAGAAGGCAGGGAAGUAUGUUGAUCAGAGUAGAGGAAACUUCCAAAUCCAGUAUUUAAGGCAUCAAAGCUUGUUGUUAAUUCAACAACAGUUCUAGAGAUGCUGAUUCCAGCCUGAAAGCUCUUCAUGAGUGCAAUAUAGAUGGCAGCUUUGGUAUUAGCCAGCCUCAUUAUAUCCCAUUUUUUUGCCAUGUUACCAAAGGUUGAAAUUCCUCCUUAGAGAUAGAGAGGAAUCCAAGCUCUGCAGAUGCACGAGAUAUGUAUUGCCAUGUUUUUGCACUGAAAUAAAGGAAUGUAUCAAACUUUGCUAUGUGGUUGUUCCCCAAUAAUCAUCUUGCAUCAAUGAGAUGCUGUCGAUGAUGACUGCAUGAGGCUACUCCCCUCUGGUUCUUUGGCUCCACAUGUUUAGUAAGGUUCAUGGAACAUACCUCAAUUUGGUGGGGCAUGAAAUCAAAGCCAUUUAUGAGCUCUUAGUCAGUGUAGCUUCCUAAACGUGACCAGACACGCUGCUAAAGGCUAGCAGCUUUACCCAAAGCAGUGUUCCCAGGGAAAGAGGGUGCUUCACGUUCUUUCAGGCCCAAAGGUGAAGGUACUGUAGUCCUUAGUGCAUACUUACAGCAGUCGGAAUAUUUUAGUCACUCCACUCUGGUUUCUUUUCCUUUGGCAGUGCUGUUGUAUUGUGAUGACAUUGCGAGUCCCGGUGGUUAUUAUUCCCUCUCAUUUUGUGUACGAUCUUGUGAAUUUAUUUGUUCCUUUCUUUCCUCUGCUAGUCCUAGUGACAGCAGCACACAUUAACUUAUAUUUCGGAGUAAAUGAUGUAAACCUUAUUGUGUCUUUGUCCAGAAAUAUUGAUUAAUAAAUACCUGGUUUAAUUGCACAUUCAAUGGAUUCAAUAAAAAGC